AUGUCAAGACGUCUUAGAACCUCUCCACUCCCCUCUCCCCCACUCGUCCACCUCCCUCCCACGACCUUCCCCCCAUACAGCCUCGAGCUCGCCUGCUUGGUGCAGCAGCUGCUUGCGCCCGACGGCCCCCCCUCCGACAGUGUCCCCUUGACUCCGAACUUUGACUCCGCCCCGCCUGCAAAACCUCCCACCGCCCCCACUGCCGAGAGUGGUGCUUUUGCCGCCGCCGCUGCGGCUGCUGAUGCUGCUGACGGUGCUGCUGAGGGUGGCGUUGAUGUUAGUGCUGGUGGUGACAGCAGCAGCAGCAGCGCAAACGGGGGCCGUUCCAGUGAGGAGAGUGGUGGGUCGGGCUUUAAGCGCGCGUACUGGCAUGCGUGCACCAACGUGGAACGAUUUCUCAAGGUGUGUCGGCGUGUGGGUCUGAGGGACGUAUCGCUCUUCACCUCACCUGACCUCGUGGAUGGCAGGGACGUUCGGCGUGUCUGCCUGUGCCUGCGCACACUGUCCAAGCGGCUAGUGGGCAUUCGGGAUUUCGACGGCAUAAUGGUGACUGCCUCUUCUGCUGCCCGCCAGAGACUCAUCUCCUCCUCCUCCUCCUCUUCCACCUCUGCCACCUCCUUCUCAUCCAAUCCUUGUGCUCAGCCGUCCUCUCUCGCCCCUUCGCUCGCUGACUUGACCCGCGCGGCCUCCAUCACCCUUCCCUCCACCACCCCUGCUGCUGCCGCUGCUGCUGCUGCCGCCGCUGCUGCUGGUGCUGCUGCUGGUGCUGCUGCUGACAACAUGAGUGGGCUUUUCUUGAGUCCGGACUAUGGUGAAUUAGGCGCAGGAGGAGGAGACGAGACGGCAGCUGCAGGAGCAGGUGCAGCACUUGCAGGCCCUCCUGCUCCCACCACUACUCCUCUCUUCAAGUCUGACCAGCCGAAGCAGCAGCAACAACAGCAGGAGAAGCAGAAUCAGCAGCAACAACUGUUUACUCUAGAAGCUGCCAGAGAAUCGUUAGAUUCAGAGCCACCAGACUCAGAGGCGCUUUCAAGCACCAACGGAGAAGCAGGUGUUUCCCCAGGUGUUGACUCGAGUCAAAAGCCGCAUGCAGCCGAACCCCAGAAUGCACCGGCCUGGUUUGGGCUGAAGGAGGAGGAGAGGCGCAGCAUGGUGGGUGCCAUACCUGCUGGCCUUCCGUCGCUCCGUGUGCAUGGGAGGCCCGUGGGAGGAGCGCCAGUAGCAGCAGUGUCAGCAGCAGCAGCGGCAGUGCGUACAGAGCGUGCAGCUGUAGCAGGUGUGGCAGUUGCAGGUAGUGCAACGGUGCGAUCACAUGAUUGGAGGGGCGACAGGGCGGAUGCGUGGCAUGAGAGCCACGAGCAGCGGCAUGUGUACCAUCGCCGCAGUCAGCACUCGAAUGAAUGUGAUCGUGUGCGUGGGGCACGUCACGAGCAGAAUCGUUCGCAUGAGGGGCACGAACAGCAGCAGCACGGGCACCAUCAGUACCGUCAGCACACUGACCAACAUAGCCACGCUUCUGCUUCGGAAGCUCGCCAGAACAGUCGACGUCUGAGCGAAUAUCACCACUGUUUAGAGCAGAAGCAGAGUGGGGAGCGUCAUCUGGCAACCAGUGCAGCUGCAGCUGCUGCUGCUCCGGUGGACGUGUCUCCCCGUUUCCUUCCGCCCGACCCCACCUCCCUCACCCCGGUCCUCCCGGACCACCUGAGCAGUCCUCGCAGAGUGGCCUCCCCCCUCUCUCGUACUCACUCCAACGCCUCCUCGACCUCCACCGCUCUCCACAGCACUCACUCACUCUCCCGCCACAGUCACACCCGCGGCAGUCACCGCAGCCACAGUCACGCGCUGGGUCUGGUGGGGGAGGGGGAGGGCGAGCAGAGGCGGAGAGGGGUGUGGGAUCUGGUUGCUGCUGCUGGGGCUGUGGCGUUGGUGGGUGGGGCGAUGGGUUUGAGCUCAACUUUGGGGACUCGCCUGUGGCCGUUCCUAGUGGUUCCCCAUGCAUCCCGUCUUCCCGUAUCCCCACUCGCCUUCCCGAUUUCCCUCCUCUCCGCCUGCCCUUCCCACCAUGGCAGGGGCUUCGGCGGCGUGUUUGAGCUCAACUUUGGGGACUCGCCUGUGGCUGCUGCGUCCUCCGACGCUCCAGAUGGCGAGGGCGAGGGGAAUGAGGGCAGCGAGGCAGGGAGGGAGAGGGGGAGGGGCGGGGGCAGAGAUGGGGGGAGAGAGGGAGGGGCGGAGCGGGCGGCUGGGCAGGAGGAGCGGACAGGGCUGGGCAGACGGGAGGCGCGACGCCCCUGGUUCAUGUCCCUCGGCUCGCAGCGGAAUGCAGCGGGAGAAGCAACAAACACCACGAGCACCACUGACGGCAGCACCAGCACCAGCAGCAGCAGCAGCAGCAGCAGCAGUGGAGGGUGGCGCAGGGGACCCAAGCCGCUGCCGCGGUGGCAGCAGGCGGAGCUGGCGUUGAGGCAGCAUCGGGAGAUGGUAAUCCGCCGCUUGCAUGGGGAUCGCCGCAGCAUGGCUGAGAUCUGUCGCCUGGACGAGGAGAGGUACUCGGACCUCUGCCGAGGGUACGAAGAGGCUCGCAGGAAGGAGGAGAGCGCUGAGGGGAGGAGCUAUGCAGCCCCUAUCCUGUUGUCGAGUGCACCUUUGACGAUCCCUUCCUCUCCCUUCCCUCCUUUCCCCCUCCCUGCAGUCGCCUGGACGAGGAGAGGAGACGAGGAGAGGGGAGGGGCACAUGGGGGAGGUGCACCUGCUGUGCGCGCUGUUGACUUGCCACGAGGCUUCUGUGCAGCGUUGAGUGAGGAAGUAAGGCCGGGUGCACGUGGCUGUGUGUUUCAGCAGCCUUUUGGAGAGGACAGGACAGGACGGGGAGAUGGCAUGUGUGGUACAUGGUUGGGGGAAAGGCUGUUCAGUGUUCAUCGAACAGUGCUAAGAGUUAAUGUUGGAUCUUGUGUUUAG